CAGUCUGAGCUCAUUUUAAAACAACUUCUGUUGCGGUACGGUCGCCAAAGCCAUUUUCACCGUUGCUAAUUGGUCGUCGGUCGUGGUUCGGUUCGAAACGGUCCUGAUUUAUUUCGUAGUUUUUUCUUCUUGUUCUGCAGUUUAAUUGUUUUAAAUAACGCCGUUGGUCCUGUUGGUGCUGGUACAGGCUAAUCAGUGUACAUUUAGUGGAUACGUUUUUCCGGCUAUUCCCUACACUGUUUCCGUUGUCGUCGUCAACAGUUAAGAUAUCACACACAAGCUUGUGCCACAAAAAAAAUUGAACAACCCGAAACAACGCCAAGAUAAGCUUUAAGUAGUAGUACUUAGUAUCAGUAAUUAGUGAAAAGCAGGAAAAAUAGAAAGAAGGAUAAAAAAUGGGUGCUCUGAAGAAAAUGACAUGUUGUGGUAGUAUAAGUACUUUGUUUGCUGUACUUAUUGUGCUAUUUGGGGUCAGCUCGUCGGCUUUGACCACUUUCGGCAAAUCCAACAACAAUCAACAGGCUCCGCCACCGACGAGACCACCAGUAAAAGCCAAAGAAUGCACCAGUCACGCGGAUUGCGCCACGAUACAGAACACGAGUUGUGUCCCGGCCGCGGACAAUCGCAUGCGAUGCCUUUGCGGAGACUCGGAGGCGCCCGUCAACGGUUACUGCCAGGCCAAAUUUAAGGGAUUGCGGCACCUCUGCACGGACACCAUGCAGUGCGACAUCGGGAUGCUGUGCGCGGUUGAGAACGUCACCAAAACUACAACCCUCGUGACCAGCAAGACCUUCAUGACGAGCAGCAUGCUGAACAACACCAACAACUACAAGAUGUGCCUCUGUGACAAGGAACUCGGUUACAUGGAGGACAAACAUGACCCAGGCCACUGCAACGGAGCGAUCGCCCUGAUCCUGUCCGGGACGUUGGUUCCGCUGCUGACGGUACUGGUUGGAUCUACGAUAGCUAGAAAACCGCUCAACGAUUGGGCCACAGGCUUUUAAGCAGCAAUGUGUACUUCUAGGUGGAUAAGUUUUAUGUGCAAGGGACUCAAAAAUUUUAAUCUGAUUGUUUAUUAUGCUAAUAAUAAUCUUAUUUACACAAUAAGCUCUAAUAAAUAUAAUGUGAUUUACAAAAAAAUGUGCUAAGAAGUCAAAAUUGCAGUGCAAGUUGUUGCCUUAGAAUUAAAUAAAAAAGCAAUUUUAUGUAUCUGUAACGCUAUACAAAUCUAUGCAAAGCACCAAAUCAAAAUCUAGAGCUAGCCAAGUCAUUUAUACACUAUACAACUGUCUUAUAUGUAUCAGCCUGAAGAUCGUCAAUACUCGGAUUGUUAACAUCCGAUCUAGUAGUAAGAACAUGUAUUUAAAAUACUUUACAGUUGAAAUAAUUUUUAAAAUCUGCACAACACAAAUGACAAACAAGGAUCAUAAAAUGAUCUACGUGGAAGAAUUACUUACAACAAAUUAACGUCAAAUCGUAUUCUGAACCAAUGGUAAGCAGCUAUUCCCUACCGAUAAAAUCUUCAGACAACCUUUCGAAACCAAUACAUAUCACUGAAGAGUGCUUUCAAACGAAUUUUCGAUGUUAGAUGUACGGAAUCAACGAGACACAUUAUAAUCUGGUAAAAGUAUUUGUAUGGCACUUUUUAUUCAAUAUUGAUAUCGUCAAUGAUAAACGUAUGGUAUAAGAUUGACAUUACUUUAUUUUUCUUCUCAUAAUGAAAUCAUAUUACUUUUAUCAAAAGAUAGUUAUAAUGUGUAGGCUGUUAGUGACUAACAGAUACUUGAUAGACUUAAAUGGACAUACAUAUCAUCGCUUUAGUGCAGAAAACAAAAAGGAUACCAAUAAAUUCGGCAGACAAUUCAGAAUAAAAGC